AUGCACGCCCCGCCCGAGCAUACCCCCGAGCAGCUGCAGGGGCUGAGCGAAUUGAUCGCGAACGAAGGCUUGGAAGACUUCCCCUUAGACGCUUUGCUUUCUGACAUGCUUGCAGAGAUUCCACUGGACGCCGGCCAAGCAGCCAACGCCAACAAUGGACCUCAUGCUGCGGCACAGACCGCACAGGAUCAAGGAGAUCUCCAAGACAACCGGCUCGUGUAUCCCCAAUCAGGACAGAUGACCAUGCCUCAGAUUCAUGGCUCGCUGAUUGUUGAGCAGAACGAGACCACCCGUCAGAACCAAGCCAACUUCAGCGCGAAUCAAGCACUGCCCACCGCUCCCGUGCAAGAGGCCGAGACGACCAACGAGGCCGACACCUUCGAUCCCAGCCUGUUCAUGGACCCCGCUGUCCCAGACGCGCCCCAUCUGAACCACCCCUUCUUCUCCGAUUUGGGGUCUGAUUACUGGAAGCGUUUCGACUUCGACUACAUGACCAUGCCUGGCGAGGAGGAGUUCCAAGCUCCCGGGCAGAGGUACGACUUCACUCAACAGCCCCUGCUCGUUGACCCCCAAGCGUUCGGCAUCGAUCUGACUCCUGAGCAGCUCGGCAUCCAGGUGGCUCAGCCGCCUGCGCCAGAGUUCGACUUUGAGCAGUUCUGCGAUCAGCUGGUGCAGACGCCUGCGCCGCAGCACACCGUCCAGAACGGCCAGUUUUUCCCCGUUGACAACGCGACUGUGCCGGAUCAGGGAUACUAUCCCACCGGCGGGCCCAUGCAAUCGCAGAAUCCUGUUCUGCAUCAGCCAUUUGCGUUCAAUGGUGGGUACAUGCCGCAGAAUGCGCUCCAGAACCAAGCAUUCAACUUCGACAUGCCCCUCGUGCCGCAGCCGACGGUUCAGAACCAGCCGUUCACGUUCGGCAUGCCUGAGAGCACCGUCGCGAAUCAGUCAUUCGACAAUGCAGCGAUGCCCACGCAACAGCUAGGCACGCCUCAGCAGCAGCUUCCGGCCGCUCAGACGCAGCAGCAGACGAUCCCCCCUGAGAUGCCUGUGGCGCCAGUGCCCCAGGCCGCUCAGAACAGGCCGAUGACUUAUUGUCUCUGCGCGAGCUCAACCCCGACAGACCCUCUCGAUGUUGGCUUCGCCGCAUACCGCUGGUGUAGAGCAGCAAUCUACGAUGCGCAGGCCGGGGCCGGUAACGAGCGCGAGAGUCUGCGCUUGACGAGGCUGUCGUGGAUGCGGGAAGAUAAGCAUGCCACUGAGACGUACGCCGCGUACGGUCAGAGCCAAAUUGAAAUCUAUGCCCGUCAGGGCAAGACGUGUGAGUUUGCUAAUCAGCAGCCGUUUGGAACGCCGAAGUGCACGUGUGGUGCGUUUCGGAACAAUAUGCAGGCUGCGGCGCUGGCAACCGUGGCCGGCCCUUCGUAUGCGCCUCAUGUAUCGUUGCCGUCAUCUGGCUCCGUGCCUCAGCCGCCGGCGCUGGGUCAGCAGAACUAUCAUGUGGGCUACGCCACAGUUCACAUUACGGGGCCGCAAGACCCGCAAGGUUUAAUCGAUGCGGCGUCUUCACGUCCUGUGUCUAUUCCGACAUACGCAGACUCCAAGCAACAGACUGACGCCGUGGGAUCAGCAGAGUCAACAUCAAGCGCGCCUACAGUCGAGGCUUCCUCCCCCUCUUCGAGCGUCAUGUACAACGCCCUCUCCGACUUCCUCAAGCGCAAGCGAGACGAAGAGCCAGCAGAUGCUCUCCUCGCCAUCGCCGGGAACGGUCAGCCCGCCACCAAGCGUCGCGUGACUCCCCCUCGCGCCAGCAAGAAGAAGACGAGCUACGUCGAGCCAGAUGAGGACGAUAUCUACGCUCCCGAGAACGAGGCUGCUGAUCCAGACGGUAAGUCCAAGAAGAAGGUGAGGUUCGCUUUGCCCGACGACGACGAGGACGCUGAGGCUACGGCCGGCGCAGAAGUCGAUGAGGGCACUAUCGUUGUCGCUCAGCGUUGUUCUCGACUCUAGUAAGUCGGCCAUCGUAGUCGCUUGAGUGAUUGUGAGAGGAAGAAACAGGUAAGUGAGUUUGUUUGUCGCUUUUGUUCGCCUGGUCUUGCCUGCGGGCGAGGUCUUGGGCGAUACUACUGCAUCAG